AUGGAGCCUAAUACAUUUCAGUUGACUUCAAUUAGGAAUCUAGCAGAGAAAUACGAUUAUUUCUGUUUAGACUGUGAUGGUGUCAUAUGGUCUGGCAAUAGGAUCAUUGAUCAAUCAAUUGAUGUCAUAAACUGGCUUCACUCCUAGGGAAAGAAGAUUUACUUUAUCACUAAUUCAUCUGGCAAGACAAGAGAGGACUAUAGAAUCAGAAUACAAAAGAUGGGCUAUUCUGAAUGUGUAGAAGAACAGAUCUAUGGCUCUGCUUACACCACUGCCAAGUACAUUAAGGAAAAAUAUCCUGAGAUCACCAAAGUAAGAGUAGUAGGAAUGAACAGCAUAAGAAAAGAGUUGUCAGCUCAAGGAAUAGAUUCAGAAGGAGGAGAGGAUGAGUUAACAUUUGAUAAUUCAACUGGAUACAUGAGUAUGGAUGACUUUGAGAAAUACCCACUUGACCCAGCAGUCAAAGCUGUUGUAGUUGGUCUAGAUACUAAGUAUACCUAUGCUAAAUUGAGUGUGGCAAGUCUAUAUAUUUAAACUGGAGGAGCAAAGUUUAUUGCAACAAAUGACGAUGCAUUCGAUGUAGUAAAUGGUAGAAAGAUGCCGGGGGCAGGGGCAAUGGUUUAAAGUAUUUAGUUUACUUUGGAUUAAUCGGGCAAGGAUAGAAAUAUUUAUAAACCAGAGAUCAUUGGCAAGCCAAAUCCUUAUGUUAUUGAGUUGAUAAUGAGGGAUAACAAUAUCACAGAUAAAACUAAGAUGAUAAUGAUUGGAGACAGGCCUGAUACUGAUAUACUUCUAGGCUUUAAUGCAGGAAUAGAUAGAUGCCUCACACUCACAGGAGUGGUAGACAGUCUCGGUAGCAUAUAGAGUUGGGUUGAAAAAAAUGAAAAUUUUAGACCCAUUUAUGUUGUCAAAUCUUUUGGAAAACUUGAUGAUUCAGAGAUAAGCUAAUGA